UGGCAUACUUCGCUCCACACAGGCUUCUCUCUCAACCCCUCAAAAACAACAACGAUGUUCGUUAUUUGAUAAUACUACUUACGACACAACAAAGAUUAUCCCUGCUUUCUCGGUUUCAGCAAAACCCCUUCAAAACCUUCACAAUGAAAAUCUGAACGAAGCUUUAGAUUUGGAACUCACACAUGGCUUCUUCUCUCCUCCCAGGGCCCCACAUUCCCACACCCCUCAUCUCCAAACUCCACUCUUCCCCCAGAACAUGGAGCCUCUUCAUCCUCACAUACCCUUUGCACCACAAAAUCAAAAAACAAAAUCUUUUACUCUUCCCCAUCAAUGCAGUGUACACCCCCAACCUCUACACCCCUUCUCCACCCUCCAAAACGGAGCCCCACAUCGACCCCAUCUCCCUCCUGAACGAGCGUAUUCGCCGCGACUACAGCAAGAAGGAAGCUUUCAGAACGGUGAUGGACUCGGAGGAGGCGGGGAAGUACAUGAAGAUGGUGAAGGAGCAGCAGCAGAGAGGGUUGCAGAAGCUCAAGGGCGAUAGGGGGAGCAAAGAUGGUGUCUUUAGCUACAAAGUGGACCCUUACACGCUUCGCUCUGGGGACCACGUUGUGCAUAGGAAAGUGGGUGUUGGCAGGUUUGUGGGGAUCAGGUUUGAUGUGGCUAAGAACUCUUCGCAGCCCACUGAGUAUGUGUUCAUCGAGUAUGCUGAUGGCAUGGCCAAGCUACCUGUCAACCAGGCUUCUAAAAUGCUCUAUAGAUAUAGUCUGCCAAAUGAAACUAAGAAGCCUAGGACAUUGAGCAAGCUGAGUGAUACCAGUGCGUGGGAGAGAAGAAAGGUUAAAGGGAAGGUUGCGAUACAGAAGAUGGUUGUGGACCUUAUGGAACUCUAUCUACAUAGGCUCAAACAAAGAAGGCCUCCCUAUCCGAAGACUCCUGCAAUGGCCAAAUUUGAGGCUCAGUUUCCUUAUGAACCCACACCGGAUCAGAAAAAGGCUUUUAUUGAUGUUGAGAGGGAUUUGACAGAGAGAGAAACUCCAAUGGACAGAUUAAUUUGUGGAGAUGUUGGUUUUGGUAAAACUGAGGUUGCACUACGUGCUAUCUUCUGUGUUGUCUCAGCUAAAAAGCAAGCAAUGGUUCUGGCACCAACAAUAGUUCUAGCAAAACAACAUUUUGAUGUUAUUUCAGAGCGCUUUUCUGUAUAUCCUGAUAUUAAGGUUGGACAGCUAAGCAGGUUUCAGACCAAAGCAGAGAAAGAAGAGCACUUGGACAUGAUUAAGAAUGGUAGCCUGGAUAUUAUUGUUGGGACUCAUUCACUCCUAGGAGACCGUGUUGCAUAUAACAAUCUUGGUCUGCUUGUGGUUGACGAGGAGCAGAGGUUUGGUGUCAAGCAGAAGGAGAAGAUUGCUUCUUUUAAAACUUCUGUGGAUGUACUUACUUUAUCCGCAACCCCUAUACCACGAACUCUUUAUUUGGCAUUAACAGGGUUUCGUGAUGCUAGUUUAAUUUCAACUCCACCUCCGGAAAGAGUUCCCAUCAGGACUCACCUUUCUUCAUUCAGUGAGGACAAAGUAAUAUCAGCCAUCAAGUAUGAGCUGGACCGUGGUGGUCAAGUUUUUUAUGUUCUACCACGUAUUAAAGGACUCAAUGAAGUAAUGGCAUUUCUUGUUGAGUCAUUUCCACAUGUGGAAAUAGCCAUUGCCCAUGGGAAGAUAUACUCGAAGCAAUUAGAGGAUACCAUGGAGAAGUUUGCUCUAGGUGAAAUAAAAAUCCUUAUCAGCACAAAUAUAGUAGAAAGUGGGCUUGAUAUUCAAAAUGCAAAUACCAUCAUCAUUCAGGAUGUUCAACAAUUUGGCCUUGCACAGUUGUACCAGUUGCGUGGAAGGGUUGGGCGAGCAGAUAAGGAAGCACAUGCAUAUUUAUUUUUCCCUGAUAGAGGCCUGCUUUCUGAUCAAGCAUUGGAGAGGCUUGCUGCUAUUGAAGAAUGCCGUGAACUUGGUCAAGGCUUCCAACUAGCUGAGAAAGACAUGGGUAUAAGAGGUUUUGGUGCAAUUUUUGGUGAACAACAAUCAGGAGAUGUUGGAAAUGUUGGUAUUGAUCUUUUUUUUGAGAUGCUUUUUGAGAGCUUGUCCAAGGUUGAAGAUCACCGUGUUCUUUCAGUUCCUUAUCACUCUGUGCAGGUCGACAUAAACAUCAAUCCUCAUCUCCCUUCUGACUACAUUAAUUAUCUGGAGAACCCUAUCGAAAUAAUAAAUGGAGCUGAGAGAGUUGCUGAGAAAGACAUCUGGAGUCUGAUGCAAUUUACAGAGAAUUUGCGCCGCCACUAUGGCAAAGAACCUCACUCCAUGGAGAUUUUACUAAAGAAGCUUUAUGUGCGGAGAAUGGCAGCUGAUUUGGGGAUAACCAGAAUUUACACUUCAGGGAAGUUGAUAUUUAUGAAAACAAACAUGAAUAAGAAGGUAUUCAAGAUGAUGACAGAGUCCAUGGCAUCAGAUUUACAUAGAAAUUCAUUGGUUCUUGAGGGGGACCAAAUUAAGGCUGAACUUCUAUUAGAACUUCCAAAAGAACAACUUCUUAAUUGGAUCUUUCAAUGUUUGGCUGAACUUCAUGCUUCACUACCCUCCUUCAUAAAGUACUAGGCUCUAUACCUGGUCAAUUCUAUCAAUAUUUAAACCAGACGGAUGCUUAGUGUGUUGAAAGGCCAGAAACUAACCAUGUGAGAUGCAAAACAAGAUUGUUUUGCUUUAUUGACUUGGCUCAGAACACAUUGGGACUAUCAGUUGAUACUAGUGACAUGUGCUUCCUUUCAAGAUGGAUAAUCAGAGCCACAUUAAUGAGGGAAGGAUCAUGUGAUAUAAGAAGGCUACAGCUAUGACCACCUUCAAUGCUUGCCUAUGACCUAGAGUUCUCUUCCAGUAAACCGUUAAUCAUAAUAUCCAGAAUUAACCUUUUGUAUACGUGACAGAGUAAAGCAUUCUGCAACAGUGCAACCACACUUUUCCUCAUUUUUCCUCAGCUUUCAUUGAAGUUACCCUAUAUAGAGAAAUUCAAUGCAAAGAUUCAGUGUCUCGGGCUAGCGAAAGAAACUAGAAAUCGUGGUGAAUGGUGCGUGCAUUUUUGCUGCAGAUUAGUAAGAAAUAUACUGUUGUUUAUAGAAUUAUUGUUGUUGCUUUAAUGCUGUCAUGCGCCUGUUAUUUUCCUCAUACAAACUUGUAUUCUUUAUAGAAAGAAAUUAUUGUAAGUUGUAAUCACAUGUUUUUCCAAUCAGUUCCAUUAUUUAAUUUAUA